CAGAUCGGAAAGUGAUAGAAACACGCGCAGUCAUUGCGUCAUUUAAGGGGGAAGUUCGGUUUUUGUAACCAAUACCAGAGCCCGUCUACUAUCCUAUUAGACAUUCUCUGCCAACACUGAAGCACGCACGACAAAGUGUACACUCCUCCACUUGUGAUUGGUCCUUGCGUUUUGUGAUGACUGGCGGUGUGCUACGUCUGUUUGAUUCGCUAUUCAACUGCAACCCUAAAGAAAAAAUAAGUUUUAUCUAAUCCAUAUAGUGAGUAGUUGGGUCUACUGAGGAAUUUGAUGUAAGUAAACUGACGUUAACAGGUUAUGUAUGUGUAAUUUCAUCACAGGAUCGCUUCCGUCAUGCAACAGCUGUCAUCUCGAACUGCAUGGUUAGCUUCACGUUAGCUUAAUUAGUGCCACAUCUUAAUCUAGAUAUAUAUUUUAAAGCAUUAGUUAUCUAGAAAUCCUCCUUUCCUGACAUCAUGCCACUCGUUUGUGGGAGACCGAGUAGUUGUAGUAAACUGAGGAAAUUGCUGGUCUUCUGGAUACUGGGCCUGCUAGUCGUCUUCGUCGUCAGUGAUAACUCUCCUUCAGCCUUGUCAGUCGUGGAGGAUUCAGGGUCAGACGGUGGUGAUGAGGAGGCCCACGUGAACGAUGAAUUUGACACUGAAGAUCUUGAGGUGUUUCAGCCCACCAACCAAUGGCAGACUCUCAAACCAGGUCAAGCAGUUCCAGCAGGCUCUCACGUCAGGCUGAAUCUUCAGACAGGACAAAGGGAAGCCAAGCUGUCAGAGGAACAGCAGGCCAAAUACCUCAGAGAUGGACAGAGGGUGGUUAACACUAAGGCCCCAUCCUUUACUGCACAGGAGUUGAAGGAAGCCCUGAAGAUGCUCAAAGAGGGGGUGGAUGACUCCACCAGCCCACAGAGGCAGAAGGAAGAAGAGGCACUGAAGGCGAAAUUCCGUCCCCUGGAUGAGCUGAAGAGAGACCUGGCUGAGCUUGAGAUGCUCGUGGAGACCGACGUGCAGAUCAUGCGCAGGUUCAUCACCCAAUUCAACAGUUCCAAUGCUACAGUGGAGCAACGGGUCAAAGCUCUUCUUGAGCUGGAAUACCUUGUCCACCAGGUGGACAAUGCACAAAAUUUGGUAUCUAUGGGUGGAAUGAAACUGGUGCUCAACGCUUUAAAUGGCUCAGACUUAAGCUUACAAGAGAAUGCAGCUUUCGUGUUGGGGUCAGCUGUGUCCAGUAACCCAGCUGUCCAAGUAGAGGCCGUAGAGGGUGGGGCUUUACAGAAGUUAUUGACUUUACUUGCCACUCCUCGUCCCAUCUCUGUCAAGAAAAAGGCGUUGUUUGCUGUUGCUUCACUAUUGCGUCACUUCCCCCAUGCCCAAAACCAUUUCCUUAAGCUGGGUGGAAUGCAGGUGCUUGUCGACCUGUUUCAAAUGCCUGGAGGAGAGUCUCUGCGCAUAAGAAUCAUCACCCUAAUCUACGACAUGAUCAUUGAGAAGGAAUUGAUGUUACAAAGUGGCAUGGACCAGAUUCCUGACUCCUCUUAUCAGGAACGUCUGCAGCAGUACGCCCAGGUGUCCUUGUUACCUGUCCUGGCGGAGCAGGGAUGGUGCCGCUUCGUGCCUGAGCUGCUGGACUCCUCGGAGCACGAUUGGCGGGAGAAGGCGCUGAGAACCCUUCUGGCCAUGAUGCCCCACUGUCAGGCCGAUUUUCGCCAGAACUAUGCCCUAAGCCAUGUGCUCAGUGACUUGCAGAGGCAGUACCGAGAGCUGGCCCUUACAGAAAAGGACUUGGGAGAGGAGGAGGGCUACUUUGGUGAAAUCCUGAUCCUACUGGACACGGUUGUGCUGAACGUACAGUGACCCUAAGCUGGAAAGUGGACAUCACUGAUUGACAAUUUCUUUAACCUCAUGGCCACAGUUGCUGCUAAAAACCACUAUCUUAGAAUGAGCAUCUGUGGUUUUCCCACGCGUCAGAUUCCAGCCAUUCUGAAAAUAACUGCAAUCCCACUCUUCUUCUGGGAGUGUGAUUUUCAUGGAAUGGCUAACGCAUAAAAAGUCAUAAAGCAUACAUUUGCUGGCCUCAGAUUGUUUCAUUUAACUGAAUGUAUGUUGUAUGAAUGUAAUGUAUGUACUGUACAUUUUCUCUCAUACAUUUGGACAGAGAGAGGACUCCUCUACUUUUCUGUAAGUCUUUUGUUUGUAAUGGAGAGAAGGACAUUUCUUGUAUGUUGCCUGUCUCCCUCUGACUGUGAAAUACAUGUCACAUUUUCAGACAGUAAAGUAAUGAGUGAAAACAUUG